AUGCUCGCAGACCGCAACCUAGACCCUGAGCUCCGCCCGCUAGCAGUCUCGGACAUAGCGUCUACUGAAUCUUCACUUUCCGCACUAGCUACAACAAUAACACAAUCUCUCGUACAGCCCCACCCAUUCGCGCAUUUGUCCGCCCUGGUGGAAAUCCGACCUGGUACUGGGGGCUCAGAAGCAAGUUUGUUCGCGGGUGACCUUUUAAAACUGUACACUAUGUAUUGUGCUAACAUUCGCAAUUGGCCGUUAUCAAUGGUUUCUCUGACUGCGGGUGCGGAGGGUGGUGACGGUGUUCAGGAAGCGAUAUUCGAGGUUGAAGCUUCGGGGGCGUACGAGAUAUUCCGGGGUGAGGCAGGCGUACAUAGGGUGCAGCGGGUUCCAGCCACGGAAAAGCAGGGCAGAACACAUACUUCUACUGUGAACGUGGUUGUCCUGCCUUCAUUCCCCGAGGUCCAAUUAGGAGAAGGCGAGGAGGACCCAGACAGUAUCAUCGACAUGAAGGAUGUGAGGGUCGAUGUUAUGCGUGCCAGGGGUGCUGGAGGUCAACAUGUCAACACUACCGAUUCGGCGGUAAGAAUGACACAUAUUCCCACAGGCAUUGUAGCUGCGAUACAAGAUUCGCGAUCUCAGCAUAAGAAUCGGGCAAAGGCUAUGGUGGUGCUAAAGAGUAGAAUUGCGGAGAAGAGGAGAGCGGAGAGGGAGGCAGAAGAGUUGGCGCUAAGGCGGAGCGUUGCGAAGGUUAAUGCCGGGCGGUCAGAUAAGAUGAGGACAUAUAACUAUAUUCAGAAUCGAGUGACAGAUCACAGAUGUGGGUUCAGUUUACAUGACUUGCCAAGUUUCAUGAAUGGCGAAACGUUGGAUUCCAUGAUUGAUCGGGUGCGGAAGUGGCAGAUGGAGAGGGAUGUAGAGAAUCUGGAUACCAGGUGAUAGGACAGGCCUCACUAUGUAAAUAAGGCGUAGAUUAUAGACAUCACAAAAAUCUAAAAGCUUUUACCCAAA